AUUUCGGUCAAAUUUUCCUUAAAAUUUCAAAUGUUUAGUUUUCAACUAAUAUAUGGCACAUUCAACUGAUUGAGUGGGCACCUUUCUAUCCCAAUAGGACUCCAACACCAGCAUUGAAGCGAAUAUGAUGGAAAUAACUGAAUGCCUUCGUUCAAAUAAAAAUAUCAGAACAUGUUUUGGAAACAAGUGGGGAAGCCAAUGUUCAGACGGUGCUCCCGAUGACAUAGGAAACAGGUUGUCUGCAGGUGCGGAGAAAGUUGAUGUAGCUAGGUUAUUGGAGCAUGAUCCACACCAAACAUUUGUGGGGCCAAAUAACAUAGAACACCACAAUAACUAUCCGAGCUCGCGCUGCCAUGGGAGGGACAUGGUUGGAAAUAAAGGGGCUAGACCUUCUGUGCUGAAGAAUAAAUGGUACUCGAACAUUCCUUAUAAUAUAAAUCGAAAUUUAGAAUCUUACGGUGUGCGAGAUUCUACGCCAGAACAUUUUUGGCGGAGUGGAGUCAGCCUUGUUGGUGGAAGAUUUCUAAGUCGCUUACCGAAUCGAAUGUCUUUUUCCGAAUGGCUAAUGGCGAAGAACAAACUUGCUGCUCAACGGGCGCAUAAAGAAAGCAUCGAGCUUGCACGCCGUGCUGAAGAAGACAAAAUACGGAAGCAGUUAUCCGAAAAAUGCUACGCCGAAUGGCUGGCCUGUAAGGAACAGCGAAAAAAUCCAGCUUCAAGUGUAUUUGCAAAAACGCAGAGAAUUCUGACUACUUCUUGUGAUUGCGAAUAUCGCCCAGCCCCAUCGAGGGGCUCAUUUGUCAAGAAUGGUGAGGUGAAGGGUCAUGUGAAGGAGUGGGAGCGAGUGAAGGCAGAAGAAGAAGAUAGUCAGAAGGAAAAGCUGCACAUAGUGGCGGUAACUGAGGCUCAAACAGAAGAGGGCGGCCAGCUAUUAAGACCUUUUGCUAACCAGUUGAAAACGCCGAGCAUUCCAAAGUCUGAAUUGGUGCUAACCACCCGAGGCGUGAAUAUUCAAAACAACACAAUUUUAAGGAAUUUAAUCAACCCCAGGCGAUAUGAUGUAGGUGAUAAAACACGUGACAUAAUGCAUUCCUUAAAAUGCGCCUACCAGAAGGCAGUACAGCCGCGCCAGAUAUUCCAACAAUCCGCGGAUCCCUUGGUGUCCCUACCGCUCUCAGUGGCGCAACGUUCGCUUCAGAGUCGGUUCAUUGGCAUACAUAAGUGAUCAGUGUAUUUGAUUAUGCAUGUAUAUACAUAUAUGUCUGUAUAUACCUACAUAUACACACAUAUAUAAAUAUACAUACAUACAUAUGCAUAUAAAGAAACAGCCAAUAUUGAUAAUCGGCCAUUAAUUAAUAUUACAACUAUAAAGUAAAAAAACGAUAUAAAACUCUAUCUGUGUAAGCCACAACAUGAAGAAAUUAAUUAAAAUGUAAGCGCAAUACUCCCCACAUA